AUUAGAAGAAAUCCGUUCAAAUCGACGAAAUUUUACAUAUUCAUCUCAAUUCUAGAGCUAGCCGAGCAACCGGUGAGCGUUGAGGACUUACGGAACGUUUGGCGAGAGCUGGUUAAGCAACGGUUGUCGAUUGUUUGCUUCCGGGAAGGAUCCGACGAAAUCGUCGGUAUGAACAUGCUUUACCUCGCAGAUAAGAACGACACUAAGGACUACACUUCCAAAGGCGACCGCUGGCAGGACGUGGUCGAUGCGGUGGUAUAUUUCUCCGGCCAGAGCAACGUUUUCGAGCGAUACCAGGUCAACGAGUACCUGGGAGCGUUGGGUCUCUCGGUGUCACCCAACUAUCGGGGCCGUGGCAUUGCCACCGAACUGCUGCGCGCUCGGGUUCCCCUGUGCAAAGCCGUCGGAUUGAAGCUAACUUCGACCGUUUUCACCGCCAUCGGGUCGCAGGUUCCCGCGGCCAAGGUUGGCUUCGAGGAAACGCUCGUGAUGGAGUACGAGGAGCUGGCGAAAGUCAACCCACGGUUUCACUUUCCCGGCAUCCAGAGCAAGUGUUGCAAGAGUAUGAGUUUGAGGAUUGAAUAGGGGCGAAUCUAAUAUCUGGUGGAUUCUGGAGCUGCGAACAAGAAAUCCAAGCAAGCAAGGAUAUUUCGAAGAAAAUAAAAACCAGCAAAAGGUGAAAGUUCUUCUGCGUGUAAAGGAAAAUAUUCUUGUUCGUACAAUAUAUCAAUAAUAAUAAUAGAGACAAAAAUAAAAUUGAUCCUAAACUCACUCUAGAUAACA